AUGGCCAAUAUUGAUGCUUCAGCAGGUGGAGCAUUUUUGAGCAAGUCAUUUAGAGAAUGUAAAGUCAUGCUAGAUAAAAUGGCUCAAAACUCAGGCUGGAUGACAAGAGACACUACAAUCACCCCUAUAGUUCACUCAGUAGCAUUGGACCCAAACAAUUCCAUAAUCGAGAAUAUGGCUACUCUGAUGACACAAAUGAAUAUCCUCAGCAAGAAGAUUGAUGAAUCAGGCCUGAAGCAGCUAGUGAGAGAAGAUGAUGGGUUAUCUAAAAUUAAAGGAAUGUUGCAGCAACUGAUUGGGUCUAAUGGAAAAAUGCAAGAGAAGGUGGAAGUACAUGAGUUAGCGAUAAAAGGUAUUGAGAUUCAAUUAAGGCAAAUAUCUAUGGCUCUGAAUAAUCGUCCCCAAGGGACUUUACCUGCAGACACACAUGUCAAUCCGAAGGAGCAGGGACCGAAUCAACUUAUGGCGGUGAGCCUGAGAAAUGGUAGAGAUCUUGAUUUAGAGCAGGAAAUUGCUCGUGAGAGCCAGUCAUCUGAAACACUUUUGACAGUGCCAAUCGAGUUUGAUGAGUCAACUGAGCUAACAGAAGUAAACAUUCCUCUAAUUGAUGCUUUGAGGGAGAUGCCCGGUUAUGCAAAAAUGAUGAAGGACUUGAUGUCUCGUAGCUAUGCAUUUGCCAAAGCUUUGUGUGAUUUGGGAGCAAGUAUAAAUCUUAUGCCAUUGUCUAUCUAUAAAAGGCUAGGCAUUGGAAGAGCAAGGCCCACAUCCAUGUUACUGCAGCUAGCUGACCGAACGAUAAAAAGGCCCUCAUGUAUACAUGACGUUGUACUUGUGCAAGUUGGAAAAUUCGUGUUUCCAGUAGAUUUUGUCAUUUUGGACUGCAAGGUUGAUGAGGAGAUCCCCAUAAUUUUGGGAAGUCCAUUUUUAGCCACAGGGAGAGCUCUGAUUGAUUGUGAAACGGGGAGCUGA